ACCGGUGACGUUUUACCGACUUAAAAAAUAUAACAUUCGUCCCCUCUCUUAGUGACUGUUACCACCCCCUGCUGCCAGAGCUACUGCCCCAAUAACAGCUGUGAUUUUGCAGCUUCCCAUCGCCGCCGGUAUUUCCCAGUGUUGACGUCAUGGACUGUGACAUCAUGGAGAGUGAUAUUUUGGAGUCCCUGGAGGACUUAGGUUAUAAAGGGUCGCUGAUGGAAGAUGGAGCUUUGAAUGAAGCGGCAUCCGUGGAAGUCCACUCUCCUGAAUACACAAAGCCUGUGGCAUGGGUGGUAUCAGAGCUAAAAUUGUUCUGCAAAUUGGAAGAAAAUGUAGAAGCUACUAAUAGUCCUAAUGAAGCAGAAGGAUUUCAGCUUGAAGUAAGUGGUCUUCUCACAGAGAUGAACUGUCCAUAUGCAUCUUUGACAUCAGGAGAGGUUAAUAAACGGCUUUCGACAAAAAAAAAUUGCCUCCACUUGCUAACAUAUCUUGUUUCGGAACUUGAAGCUGCAAAAAUGCUAUGCAUAAAUGUCCCAAUGAAGAAAGACCAAGAAGCUGCAGGUAGUGAAGUGUUUCAGGAGCUGAAGACUAUAUGUAUGACAUUGGGAAUGUCUAAGCCACCCGCCACCAUAACCAUGUUCCAGUUCUUUAGCGGAAUAAAAAAAAAAGUUAAAGAAACAUUAGCAAAAGUGCCGCCUAGUCAUUUAGGAAAACCUCUCCUUGGCAAGGCACUGGGACCAUCUUAUUGGGAAAAGAUUGAAGCAAUUAACCAAGCCAUAUCCAAUGAAUAUGAAGUCCGGCGGAAAAUGUUAAUUAAAAGUUUGGAUUUGACUGUUCAAUCAUUUGGAUGGUCGGAUAAAGCUAAGCAACAGACUGAGAAACUUGCAAAGGUGUACCAACCAAGACGUGCAACGUUAAUACCUAAAAGCUCUAUUUUAGUCGCUCACCUCUUGGGGGCUCGGCACGAUCUCUCAAAAAUCCUGAGAACAAGCAGUGGAUCAACUCGGGAAAAGACUGCCUGUGCUAUAAAUAAGGUGUUAAUGGGCAGGGUGCCUGACCGCGCGGUGGCAGACCCACCUCCAGAGAUGCCUCCUUGGCAGAAGAGACAAGAUGGCCCUCCACAAGGUGGUAGAGGUGGAGGAAGAGGUGGAUAUGAACAAUCUUAUGGUGGUCGUGGGGGAUAUGAGCAAGGAGGUGGGCGUGGUGGGUAUGAUCAUGGUGGUGGACGUGGGGGCUAUGAACAAAGUGGUGGCUGAGGAGGUGGCCGUGGAAGCUACGACCAGGGAGGUAGAGGAGGAAGAGGAGGCAAAGUUCAAGGAGGAUGGACAAAUGGAACAGGCGGAAACGCCUAUCAUGACAAUGGCUAUAGAGAUGCUGGAUUUCAGACUGGUGGCUACCAAGGUGGAGGUGGAGGAGGAGGAGGAAGAUAUCAAGGCGGAGGUGGAUACCAGGGCAACAGUGGAGGGUACCAAGGUGGUGGGGGUUAUCAAGGAGGUGGGGGAGGAUACCAAGG